UGCCCUUAACCUCGGUGCCUGCAGCAGCUAGCCCUCUUUGUCCGCUUUCUCAGUGGAUACAAAGAGAUUUGAGAACCAGUGGUUUACUCCUUCAAGAAAGGAAUCAACUUUAGCUACAAUGGAGGGUGUUGAAGCCAAACCCAUGAAUGGUGUCAAUGGGAUCCACAACCUCAACAAAGAAGACGAUGCGGAUUUCGACCCAAGUGCUCCUCCUCCCUUCAAGAUAGCUGAGAUCCGAGCCGCCAUUCCCAAACACUGUUGGGUCAAGAACCCAUGGAGGUCCUUGAGCUAUGUGUGCAGGGACAUCAUUGUCAUAUUUGCAAUGGCUGCUGCAGCCAUUUACUUCAACAAUUGGUAUGUCUGGCCGCUAUACUGGGCUGCUCAGGGAACCAUGUUCUGGGCUCUAUUUGUUCUUGGACAUGAUUGUGGCCAUGGAAGCUUUUCGGACAGUCGCGUGCUCAAUAAUGUUGUGGGGCAUGUUCUGCAUUCUGCAAUUCUUGUACCUUAUAAUGGAUGGAGAAUCAGCCAUAGAACUCACCAUCAGAACCAUGGCCAUGUUGAGAAUGAUGAGUCCUGGGUUCCUCUGACUGAGAAGGUCUAUACAAGUUUGGAUGAGAGUACAAGAAAGUUUAGAUUCAGAGUGCCUUACCCCAUUUUUGCAUACCCAUUCUAUCUGUGGACUAGAAGUCCAGGAAAGCAAGGUUCACAUUUCAACCCUUACAGCGACUUGUUUGCCCCAAAUGAGAGGAACGAUGUGAUAACCUCAACUGUUUGUUGGACUGUGAUGCUCGUUUUCAUUGUCUGUAUGUCCUUUAUAGUAGGACCUAUCCAAGUCUUGAAGAUCUAUGGUGUCCCUUACUGGAUUUUCGUAAUGUGGUUGGACAUGGUAACGUAUUUGCAUCACCAUGGUUAUGAUGAGCAUAAACUUCCUUGGUACCGCGGCAAGGAAUGGAGUUAUCUAAGAGGAGGUCUCACAACCGUCGAUCGUGACUAUGGAUUGAUUAACAACAUACACCAUGACAUUGGCACCCAUGUUAUCCAUCAUCUCUUCCCUCAGAUUCCACAUUAUCAUCUAGUUGAAGCAACCAAGUCGGCCAAACAUGUUCUGGGGAAGUAUUACCGAGAGCCAAAAAAAUCCGGGCCAUUUCCGUUUCACUUAAUCAACAAUCUUGUGGCAAGCAUGAGCAAUGACCACUAUGUCAGUGACACUGGAGACAUAGUAUACUACCAGACUGACCCCAAGCUUUACAAAAGCCUCAAGAACAAGUUGAUUUGAGUUUCUUGUUAGCUUAAUUGAAAUGGCAGAUAUGAAUUGUUUCUGUGCCGCAUAAUCUGCCGUUUAAAACCUUGAGAAGGAAAGCUGUAUUUGAUCAUUUGUUAGUUUCUACAAAAUAAACUGUGUUUAAGUGACUUCUUUGACUUAUUUUUGGCUAUUUUAGAAAUCUAGAGAGUAUUUUGCAA